AUGUCGAUAACGAUACUUCCCCACCGCCUCCGAUUACUCUCUAUUCCCAAAGCUUCUCUUCGUCAAUUUACCCAAUCACUCAUUCGUAACAUUAUCUUUCCCCCUGAUGAUCAAUCCAUAUUCUCUAUCACAGAGACAGCAUUUGAAAUCUCUAUUGUCGCAGAUGCGGAAACAAUAGAGAGAGACUUUGUGAGAUUCAGAGAAGGAACCAAUAUUGAGAUUAUGGAUGAUUUGUUUAGGGCCUUGGUGCUUGGUGAUGAGGGUCUGGUAGACAAUUCGGGAAAAAGAAUAAACGAUAUCUCAUAUUUCCUUUCUAGAGUCGGUGUGUCUGUCUUCUAUCUUUCUACUUACCAAGAGGAUAUUGCCUUGGUAAAGGAAAAACGUCUUCCGCUAGUUGUGCAAACCCUCUGCCCGACAUUCACAUUCACCAGUGAGUCGCCUUCAUUCUCAUCAGUACCUUUGACACCCACUGACCGAAACGCACCAAGGGAGAUGUCCUUUGCAGUACCUUGGACAGCUGAACGGCCUUUUGAUUCGCCAGUGAUUAUGGUAGGCGAUAGUUCGCAUAUGCAUUCGGACAACCCCUUUUUUUCUGGAAUGAUAGUUGAAUUUGAAGAUCAGGGAACAAUGGGAAAGCCAAACGAUGAAGAAAUUGCGGCUGAGGGAGUACAUCGAAAGCGUGAGAACAAUUCUCUUGAAGCUACCUCGGAAGGUAUAACCAUCGUCACUGAUGAGGCUGUGCUCGAAGAAUUCCCUGAACACACAUUGAACAUGAGCAGCGUUCCUAUUCUGCUCAAAUGUAUCUAUAUCGACAUAUCUCGCUUUGGACUGGACAAAUACGGUGUUCUGUACUCAAUAUCUAAUCCUUUGAUCUCGAACGGAAUAAACUUACUAUAUUUGAGUACGUUGAAGACUGCAAACGUUCUGGUGCAAGAUUGCGAUCUUGACAAAAGUUUCAGAAUCCUUGCGCAAACCGGUUCGCUCGAAGACAGCAUGCAGUUAUGA